AUGUUGUGAUGGAAGAUCUAUCAACAGAAGCUAUAGUUGGAAAACUAGAGCAUGGUGCAUGGAAUUUUACAGUGCAGGAUAUAGUUGUCUUCCUCCUGGGUCCUAUCUAUUACCAUCAGUAGGAAAACUGUUCACAAAUGACGGUGCUAUGAAAGAACACAUUAGAAGAUUUGAAGAUGAGAAAAAAAAUCACCUUCAAAAACAUAUGCAUAUUCUUCCAAAUACUGAUUCCAAAAUAUUCCGUGUAGUAAAUAGCAAUCAAGAAGAGUUUUCUAUAAAUGUGGAUUAUAUUGAUGUUGAUGAAACAACUGCAAAAAAAGAAGACAUAACAUGA